AUGACUAUGAAGUUUACAGAGAGGCUUCCCAUUGACCCUUUGUUGCCUCUCUUUCAGUCCACCCAUGUGGGAAUGUCUGUGAAUGCGCUGAGGAAGCAAAGUAACAACAAUGAGAUCAUCACGCUAUCCAAGUCUCUUAUCAAGUCAUGGAAAAAGUUGCUGGACGGCUCAGAACAGCCUGGAAAAGAGAAGCUUCAGGUGAAACCCACCUGUUCGAAGGAGCUGGGCUCUUCCAAGAAAAUUGAGGUGCCAAAGACCACAGCCCCCUCAAAGAUGGCACGUUCUCCCCUCUGCCAAUCCCUACUCUUCUCACUCGUGUUUCGGGAGCUGCAGAACACUGAUAUGAAGUAUAAGAACAGGAUCCGGAGUCGCAUUUCAAACCUAAAGGAUUCCAAGAACCCGGAUCUUCGGAAGAAUGUGCUCUGUGGUAUCAUUACCCCUGAGCAAAUUGCUAUCAUGUCUGCAACAUUGGAAAUGGCCAGUAAUGAGCUGAAGGAGAUGAGGAAAGAGAUAACCAAGGCCUCCAUUCAGGAGCAUCAAAUGGGAAAGACUGGAGGAACCCAAAGUGACCUGUUCACCUGUGGGAAAUGCAAGAAAAAGAAUUGUACAUACACACAGGUACAGACCCGCAGUGCUGAUGAACCAAUGACCACAUUUGUCGUGUGCAACCAGUGUGGGAACCGCUGGAAGGUAAGAUUCCCUCUGUGGAUUUAUCAGUUCAGCAGUAAAAAGCGACUAUUACACUUUAUACAGAAUUUACUUUUGUAUUUGGGUCUAUAUUGUUUAACUUGUGGGAUUUACUCAUGUUAUUGGGUUUUUACCUUGCACUAUGUGACUAGACUGCAGAGUUUAAAAGUCUGACUGACGUUGUGGUUUCAGGCUGCAUUUAUUGGUCCUGUUUCUUGCUGCUUGCCCCAUGUGAGGUCCCUUAAAGGAACCCAUUUCCAAACUGCA